UAUAUGACUCUCUGUAUUUAGUUUAUAAAGCUCGCUCCAAUUGCGAAAAUAGCAGAGGAGCAGAGCUGAGCUGAGCCAUGGAUUUUACUCCUCUAACUGAGGCCUUGGCGUCGAAAUCCUACGAAAAGAUCGCUGAUAUCUGCGACAACCUUUUGCUUCAGGCUGCGGCAGAGGGUGCUGCUUAUCAGGACCAAUGGCCUUACGUCAUUCAUCUUCUGGGCCACUUUUACGUUGAUGAUAUAAAUAGUGCACGGUUUCUAUGGAAAUCGAUACCUUCUGAAAUUAAGGAGAGCCAGCUGGAAUUGGCUGCGGCUUGGAAAAUUGGUCAGAAGCUAUGGACACGGGACUAUGGGGGUGUGCAUGAGGCCAUUCGUGGGUUUGAUUGGAGUCAAGAAGUUCAAGUUCUUGUUGCUGCAUUCUCAGAGCUUUACACAAAGAGGAUGUUUCAGCUGCUGCUCUCAGCUUAUUCUACGAUAAGCAUCCAAGACGCUGCUCUCUUUCUGGGGAUGAACGAGGAUGAUGCUACUAAUUAUGUCCUACAGAAAGGUUGGGAUCUGGACCCUGCUUCUCGAAUGCUUACAGUGAAGAAGCAGACAACUGUGACGCAGCAGAAACUAGAUGCCAGUAAAUUGCAGCGGUUGACAGAAUAUGUAUUCCACCUUGAGCACUAAUCAAGUUUUCCAGAAUAUCAGAGCAAUAAAUAUAAAUGUCUUUUGCUUCGGGGACUUGAUUGCCUUUUUGGUUUACAGCAUACCAUCGCAUACUUGAAGAACGUAUGAUUGUAUUAUGUACCUUAGCGAUAUAUUGAAAGCGAGGGACAUGUUUUAUUGAA